GUUCCGAGAGCCUCCGCUCCGACAACAAGCCACCACUUCUCCGCCUCCCCUGCACUCUACGGGAACUCCCCGCGUUGCACUUCGAGCGUCGGUCGUCUUUGCUGCCUUUCUCUCUCUCAUCGGACGUGGAGCUCCUGAGGAAGCAUCAUGAGGGCUUCUCUGCUGCUGGUUUUCGCUCUCGCGGCUCUUGUGGCGGCCGCUGAGGCGAAAAAAUGCAGGGGCGAGUGCGUGCCCGCCGGCUCGUGUGAAGGGAAGUUGGCGAGGGGCGACUGCGCCGACUCAGAGGUCUGCUGCGUGACCGGGGGAAAUGUGGACAUCAAAAGGAACUGCAACCCCACCCGCAAAUGCAGCAAGCUCAACGGUGAAUGCAGGAGGAAGAGCUGUCUCCCUGGGGAAGUGAAGUACAGGAACAAAGGCAGGAAAACCUUCUGUACGGGCAAGAGGAAGUGCGUUUGCUGUGCCAGAACAUGCGAAAACAAGGGCUUGUGCAACCUCAAGGGCGGUUUCUGCCAGCCCAUAUCCCUGCCUUGCGACGGCACGCUGGAGACCGGGAAACCCUACUGCAAGGCCAACAAGAAACUGAAGGGAGGCAAAAAGAACAAGUGCGGCUGCUGCAUUCCAUCAGACGACGGACAUGAAGACCAACAUUGGGGAUAUGAAGGCAGCACAGGUCCCGAUUUCUGGCCAGACUUGUUCCCUGAUUUCUGUGCUGGCACAAGUCAGUCACCAAUUGACCUGAAUGACGACGAUGACACGCUUGUAACUUCGACCGAUGACUGGGUGUUCAGCAGAUAUGAUACUAUUCCUAAUCAAAUGAUCAUUAAGAACAAUGGACACUCGGCCCAGGUUGAAUGGACCACGACAGCCAUUGGUGAAGUCCCACACGUGUCCGGUGGGAACUUGGGCGGUGAAUUCGCUUUCGCUCAAUUCCAUUUCCACUGGGGAAAGAAAAACAAUAGGGGCUCCGAACACACCAUCAAUGGCAAAACAUUUCCUGCCGAGCUUCACCUGGUGCACUUCAAUACCAAGUAUGAUACCAUUGGCGACGCGGUAGCUCAAGAAGACGGUCUUGCUGUGCUGGGGAUCAUGCUAAAAAUCGCCAGUGAAGAUAACGAGAAGUUGAGCCCAAUUAUCGACGGAUUAAGUACUAUAACACAUUCAGGCAGCCAAGAAACGCUGGCAACACCCUUCGCUCUUAGCGACUUGCUGCCAGACGAUGUUACCACCUUCUACAGGUACUCAGGUUCCUUGACAACCCCCACGUGUAACGAAGUCGUCACUUGGACUGUCUUCGAAGAUCCUAUUACUAUUUCAAAUAACCAGAUUGAGGAAUUCCGGAAGCUUCUCGAUGACGCAGAGAACCCCAUUGUAGACAACUUCCGUCCUGUCCAGCCCCUCAACGGCCGUUUACUUGAGAAAAUCCAGCUGGAAUAAGGACCAUGAGGCCCACACAACUUGGAACCGAGACCGACAACUUGGAACUGGACAGCCUUCUCUACUAUAUCUCAAACCUUGUUACAGAAGAAAGUGUCAAAAUUCAUGUACAGAGAUCCUUCUUAGGGGCGAGGGCAAAAUCCGGAAAUUUUACCUGGACCGCUGUUUGCUUCAGAGCAGGGGUGGGCAAUAAAUUUUUACAAGAAACCUGAAUUGUGAACUUAAUUCUGCCCAAGUUUCUUCCUUUGUAAAAUGCGCUAAAUUAUAUAUUUAGUGCAUUAUAUAUUUACUAUAUUACAUACUAAAGUAUAUAUUUAGUAAAUUAUAUAUUUGCUGAAUUAUAUAUUUGGUCCCUGUCCGGCCCGUGAGAGGCCGGACAGGGACUAAAUAUAUAAUUCAGUAAAUAUAUAAUUACAAAGGGCCGGAUGUGGCCCGCAGGCCGUAGUUUGCCCAGGUGUGCUUUAGUUUUUUUUUUUUCUUUUUUUGUUGUUUGUGUAUGUUCUUUCCUCUUUCUUUGAGUGUUUUCGGUGUUUGCAGUAAAUAUUCUGAAAUAUAUAGACAGCAUUUCA